AUGGGAGAAGAUAGUGAGUGGGUGACCCCAGGGGAAGUGCUUGGGAAAGCCUCCAAGUUUAAAGCAGGCAGAGGUGCCUACGUGUCGCCGGACAAUCUCACCGUCUAUGCUUCCCUCACUGGACUCCGCCGCAUCCUAUCCCCACCUCCCGACUCACCCGACCAGAGACCCACUGUGGAAGUAACUGGUCACAAGGCCCACGGUGCCAUUCCAGAGCCUGGAUCAAUUGUCAUUGCUAGAGUUACCAAAGUUAUGGCAAGAAUGGCUUCUGCUGAUAUUAUGUGUCUUGGCACUAAGUCUGUCCGAGAAAAAUUUACCGGUAUAAUCAGGCUUCAAGAUGUUCGAGCAACCGAGAUCGAUAAAGUGGAUAUGCACAUGUCUUUUCACCCUGGUGACAUUGUCAGAGCUGUUGUGCUGUCCCUUGGAGACGCUAGGGCUUAUUAUCUGUCAACUGCAAAGAACGAAUUGGGUGUUAUUUCUGCCCAGAGUGCAGCAGGUGCAACAAUGGUGCCAAUAAGCUGGACAGAGAUGCAAUGCCCUCUUACAGGGCAAAUUGAGCAGAGAAAGGUUGCUAAGGUCGGAGGAUGA